AGCAGCAACUUUACUUUGAGAACCCAGCCGGUUGAUCCUACACAAGGCAGAAUGAAAUCCUUCCUCCUCGCCAUCGCUGCCGUGCAGAUCCUCCACUGCUCAGGAGUGCCAAGCACCAAGGAUGCUCUGAGAGCCUCAGUUGCAAAACUGAAUGAAAUCACUGAGAUCACCAACCUGUGUGCGAUCACCAGGAGAGGUGUAACAAAUACCUAUCGCACGGGUAAACUGUCAUACAACGUGGAUUUAACAUUCUCCGUGAAAGAAACCGUCUGCUCCAAGAAUUCUGUUCGGGAAUUUGAUGAUUCUGGUUGCACCUUCCGCCCUAAAAAGAUUGCUGAGAAAGGGUUUUGUAAAAGCCGAGUGGAAUAUUUUGCUGAUAAAGUGGCUGACGUUGAUGUGGAGUGUGAAGGUCUGAAGACCAUUGACAGCGAGAGUGACUCAUCAGAGUCAAGUGAAACCAGUAUUGAGGUAAAAAGCAAGUCAGACGAAAUAUCACUGGAAGAUUCUUCAAAUGAUAACACCAAAUCAACAGAGACAUCGCACGAGCAUUCAGAUCAGGUAAAAUACAAGUCAAAAGAGACAUCAAUUGAGGAGUAUUCCAAUGAAAGUUCCAAUAUGAAAAGCAAGUCAACAGAAUUAUCUCUGGAGGAGCCUUCAAACGAACAGAAUGAGGACUCAAGAGGGAGACACUAACCAUGAAUGAAACUCCUGAGAACCUGAACUCAGUGUGAACACAAGAAGACCUCAUUCAGAAUAAACAAGACACUGUCACCUGUAUUAUACUUGCUCUUAAACAAGGACAGGGGCCUGGAGCUCCUGAUUGUACAUAUCACUAUAACUGGGAGAUUCUACUGUUUGUAAAUGUUAUGUUCAUUUCUGUAUAUUAUUGUGUAAUACAUUGUGGACCUAAAUAAAAUUAUUAUGAAAUAUUCAC